AUUAGAACAGCUUCGUUCAUAAUCUUUACCUUCACUAUAUUUGCUCUAGCAUGCGCGGCACCUUCAAAAGCAGUUCCCAUGGCUGGCAUCUUUGAAAUCCAUUUUCACUCUUACCUAGAUGGAGAAGCCGUUCUGGUUAAAAAUGAUGUUGCAAACAAGCCUGGGUCCUUCCUCUACUUUCACAUCAAGAAAGGUCUGAAUACUACUGCCACUUAUAAGGAUUACAAAAUUGAAUUUCGCAACGGUCACGACUGCAAGCAUGUUAUGGGCGAGGUCAUCAAUAUUGAUACUCCACCGUUCCAAAUCAAUGGAAACGGCGGAACAGAUGCUUGGUGUGUCGACAAGACGCUUGAUAUCACUAAAGUGGCUGUAGUGCAAGUCCUAUAUCAAGGUGCUCCUAUAGCUUGUUCGCCGUUGCAAACACUUCCUAACUUCAAUCUUCCAAAGCCGUCACAAGUUGAUGCUUGCAUCCGCGGAUAGCGUCUUGCUUGUCAGAUUUUAAUAUGAAAAUAAUUGGUCCAGCUUCAUAUUGUACGAUUUUUUUUGGAGUGUGAAUAAAUAUCAGCACAGUAUUCUUUGAGACCAUU